GUUAACUCGUCUCCAUUUAGUAACCUGUGAAACGCAUUAGAAGAUAAUAUUAUGAAUGGGUAGUUAAUUAUUUUGGGAAUAAAGAUCUUAAAGGGCCAAGUUAGAUUUAUAAUUGUGUUGCUACAUUCCUGAAAAGAGAUUAGCAUAAGAGUGUAAAUGUCAGUUUUGUUUAUUUUUUAAACAACUUGGUGAUAUUUUGAUUGACAUUAGUAAACUGAGUAGUUUGUGUUGUGUUUAUUAAAGUGUUGUUAUUGUUAAGUAUAUUGUUCUCGCCAUCAUGUGGAAUUCACCUAUUUUAAAGCUGCGAUAGCAAAUGCUGUGUACAUGUUUGACAGAAUAAACAAUGCCUUUAAAAAGCUUCUGCAACUUUAAAUAUUAUGGCAUUUUUCUUGUAUAUAUGAAAAUGUAUUCUUAUAGUUGGUAAGGAGAUGCUACAUUGGACAUUUUUUGAUGAAGGUUGUAUAUCCAGUGAGGUUUAUGUAAAUGGAUUUGUCCAUCAGUAGAGGGCCUUUUCCUGAUGAAGAAGAUGAUUUCGGCCUUCAACAUAACAGAAACAAUGGCAAUGAUAUUGUUGUCGAAGCAGCUAUCAAAGGUAUGUUAGAAAGAACAAGAGUUGGCUCAUCAAAUGUUGGAGCUACUAAUUAUCCUGAAUCCGAAAGUGUGGAUCAAGAAGAAUGUGAUACCAAUGUAUAUGGAGACAACAGAGAUGCAGGAAUAAAUGUAAGUCCAUUAUCUAAACCAGUUGGUGUGGCCCAUAAUGUUCACUUUGAAACUGACCAUCAAUAUGGAUAUGCUGCAGCCACAGCUGAAGAAAUUUGUCUUGAUAAUGAAAUAUCUGUUAAUGAUUAUAUCUUAGAUGCUGAUGAUAUAUCUACGGAAGAAGUGCUGGAUGAUCUUGAAAACAGAGAACAAUUUGAACAGCUUCCUAUUAAUUCAUUGAUUGAUUCUAGGAAGUUAAAUUAUGGCACCAAUUGCUUUAAUAAUAUCAGUAGAGAUGAUUCUGUUGAGGAACUCCCUGCACCUAAUAAAUGUGCAAGUAUUCAAAAGUUUAAAGAAGAUAAUAAGACAUUUAUAAAGCUAGUUACAAAUUCUCCCCAAAAUGUAAACCGGGUUGAAACUACAUCUUCUAUUGUUUACAAGAGUAUUGUGCCUCAUAGUAAAAACUUGAGGAGAUCAGAUUCAUUAAAGUAUUAUUAUGAAUCAAUUGGUCCCAAUUUAGCUGAUGAUGAUAAUAAUGACUCACAAGAUUUGGUACAAGAGAUGCCCAAAUUAGAAAAUGAAACUGAAGUAAGAACUACACCUCAUGAUGUUCCUAGAUCACCUCCACAUUUAAUUCCUGAAGUUCCUAUAAAAUUUAUUACAGUCAAUGUUAAUGAACAAGCUGUAGGAGUUGUUCGUCCUUUUAAUCAUGAAAACAAUUUGAAUAUUGACAACCAAGUGAGCAAUAUUUCUGGAGUUUCUAUUCUUUCUAACAAUCAAAAACCAUUAAAUCCACACACUAAAGUAAUUACGCAGAACAGGUUAAGAUCUCAUUGCCUAGAUAGCGUAAGAAAUGCUCCUAAAAGUAUGAUAAAAAAACAAGAAUCUUUUCCUACAGUUAUUUCGACUCAUGGUUUGAAAACUAAGGCUAAUCCAACAAAAUUAAAUGGUUUAGUUGAUAAUUCUAACUAUAUUAAAAGAGAAGUUAUAGGAAUUAGUUCUGGAAAUCAUUAUAGAAUUCCACAAAAAAGUAUAAAACAUGUGAGUAAGAAUAUUAACAGUUUGCCAUUAACAGUUCAGAUCCAUUCAGUUAAUAAAGUUCCCGAUGAAUCUUUCACCAACAUAUUUGAUUGUGAUGAAGAAGCCUAUGACCCUGGAUCAGAUAAGUCAUAUAACACUCAAAAUGAGAUUAUACUUAAUGGGCAACCAAUGGUGUCUGAUAAUAAAAGUAAUAUUCAUUGUAAUACAGUAUGUAAUGUAAAAUCAGAUAAAAUAAUUGUUAGUGAAAGAAGGAAAGGUUUGAAGAAUAAUGGCUCUACCAAUAUGCCAACUCUUCCAAGUAUGCCAAGUCUUCAGUCACCUACAGGUGAAGAGCCAAUUAAUAUAAAUAAUACAGGGGAAACUUCUAAAACACCUGAUCGUAAAGAUAUGGGCAGAAAACAAACAUCUACGCGCGUUACUGCAACACGAUUAAGAUCAUGUCAGCGGUUACCUAUUAAGGAAUUUUCAUCACCGUCAAAUAAUAAUAAAAAACCUGUACAUAAAAGAAAAUUAAUUUAUGACAAACCUUUUAGUGGAUCAAGAAUUAAUAAUACAGUAACUCCUAUAAAACAAGUUGUGCAUAAUGUUAAUGUAAAAGAAUUAGAGGAACAGGCAACAGAAAUUGAUUUGUUAUCCGAUAGCAGUUUCAAAACUUUAGAUAAUCCUCUAACUGAUCUUGAUCUUGAUAAACCCCAAACAAAUUCAUAUGAUGAAUCAGUUCCUUCACUUGAUCCAUUUAUAAAAGAAAUUCCACCCACAAUUGAUAUUUUGGGAGUUUUGCCUUGUGCUGAUAUAUUAGAUGGAGGUAUUAUUGAUAAGGAAAUAACUAUAAGUUCAGCUGACAGCAUAUUAAAAAGUGACAUGUUAGAAGAGGGGCCAUUGUCAACCAUUAUUAACUUGUUUGAAAAAGAUUUAAACUCUAGUAAGCCUGUAGAAAUUCAGCGAAAUGAAAGCAUUGAAAAUUCAGGAAAGUUUUCUAAUGAAAAUGAACUUUCUUUCACUAUUCCGGACACUAAAUUUGAGGACGAUAAAAUCAGCUUGGAAUCACCUAAGGAUGUAAAUAGUAUUUAUUAUACAAAACCAUCUUUUGUAGAAAAGAAUAAAUUAAUUGACAAUAUAGAAGUUGGAUCUAAAACAAAUAUUAACGAAGUUGGUGGUUUAGUCUUGGUUUCAGAUACAGUUAAUCAUGAUAAAAUAAAAUCUAAAGUACUUGACAGUUGUGUUACUACCUCAAACAAACAGAAAGUAUCUCCUUUCACUAUUGCCCCAGAGCGAAAAGAAUAUGAUACUAGAAAUAAUAUAUUUUCUGAAUUCCAUCAGAUUAGAGACAUGGAGUUGGCUAAUACUAUAGGUGAUCUAAUUAUUUCAGACAAUUGUUCUAAAAAUCCAUCCUUACCAUCAUUGUCCUCAUGUAUAAGGGAAGAAAACCGUGAUUUGAAUGAAAUAAAAAUAGCCGAUAUUGUUAUAGAAAAUAAUUUACCGGAAGAUACUUCACAUGUGAAUCCGACAUUAUCUAAAGAUAGUGUAAAUUUAAGUAGUGAAGAUGGUGAUCUGUUAAAGCUUGAAAAAAAUAGUGAUCAAUCUAAACAAAAUGAAAUUGAUGAAAACUUAUCAAUUGAGCAGAAGAACAUACCAGAAACUGAUAGUAACAACGCUGAUGCAAGUCUUCUUCUUCUUCUUCUGUCAGCACAACAGACGCAUGAGACUGCCCUUGGUCGGCUCAACAGCUGCCAACCAUCUCACUCUAUCUCCUGCAAGGAUACUGAUGGUAACACCACCGAUCUUAUUCCUAAUGGGAGAGUUUCACCCUCCAAAAUGGAUAUUAAUGAUUUACCUUGUCGGAGAGAUAGAAAUUUGACUAUUAAUCAUCAAGAUAUUUGCAAACAAGUGCAAGAAGACAACGCCAACUUUUCAAAUAUUGAAAAUAGAGAAAUAGAAAAAUCAGGUUUGAUGAACAGCUUUUCUCCAUCUAAAUCCAAGUCGGUUAAAAAUAAUAAAAAUGAAGAUAUCCGGAUUGUUGUAGGUCCUACAACUCCAAAUGAAAUCGGAAGUUCUUCUAAAGUGAACAAAGGUGUUAAUGUUACAAGAAAACAGAUUAUAAAAUCUUCUCAACACAAUAAUAAAAGGAAUGAACUAAAAGAAAAGAAAGCUGGUUUAGAAGAUGUAAUAAAAAAACUAAAAUCUGAAAAAAACACUAGUCAUCAAUACGUUGAUAAGUGGCAUAUUGAGGAAAACAAAAAUGAACUAUGCAUGUUAAAAACAGUUGAAAGUCCAGUUAUUGAAACGGAAAAUUCUGAUGGUUCCAAUAAAAUAGAAACUGAAAUAAUACAUGACAAUCUUGAUGCUCAGUUAGAAAUGGAAAUAGAUUUAAUUAAAACAAAUGAGAAUUGUAAUGAAUCACAUGUUUUGAAUGAGAUUAAAAGUGAAAAAUUUAAUAAAUGUGUAGCAGUUAUUGGCAGUAAGAAAGUCAAUACUGAUUCCAUAUUGAUUACUAAGUCAUCUCAACUUUUAAAUGAUUCAUUUGAUAAUAAUAUAGUAUCAGAAAUUAAAGUUAACCUUUCCUGUCAAAAGAAAUGUAUUGAACACAGAAAGAAAGAUCGAAUCUUAUCUCCAAACUUGCCAAUUGUUAUUAACCAACCAGUUCUAACUAAUGAACUUAUUACAGAAAAUGAAAAGAAAUCAUUUUUGAAAGAAGUUACAAAACAAAAAAAUCAUGAAGUCUUGUCAACUGCUACGACCAAAACAUGUAUAAAGAUAGAAAGAAAUGACAAUACCAAGCAAAAAGCUGAAGGAAAAAACAUAUUACUCAGUCCUUUUGAUGCACUUAUCAAUAAGGAAGUUCAAAAAUCAAUUAGAUCCAUUAAUGAUGAAAAAAUGGAAAAUACGGACAGACCACAAAAUGUAGAAAUUGGUAGUGGUAAUGAAAAUAGUAUUAAUGUCCCCAAGACAAUUGAAGAAACGAUAAAUGCCAUCAAGAUAACUGAAACUAAGAGCAGUCGAGAAAGUAUUAAUGAUCAAACAAGUUUUAUUGAUGUAUCUGAGACAAGCAGAAUCACUCAGAAAGUAUUUUCUGUAAAUAAUCAAAGUAACAAAAAAACAGAAAAUGUUGAUCUAAUUGCUCAUGAUGAUGAAAAUGUCAAUGUCGCUAAGCAAACCUUCAACAAAAAUGCUAACCAACAAGAGUGUAUUGAAAGUGUUAAUCCAGCUGCUAGUUGUGAGAAAAGUAGUAUAAAUACGAAUCUCAAUGCUUUUACUGAAAAACCACAAAGUUUAGAAAGGGAUGGUCCAACUAUUACUGAUAUUGAUUCCAUUAAAAUUGCUGAUGAACAGAUUUGUAAAGAACAUGUUAAUCUAACUGUUAGUGAUGAAGAAAACAGUAUCAAUAUCACUGAGAAAACAUUAAACGAAAAUAAUGAGAAUCCUCUAGAUAUAGAAAGUAAGCAACAAACUGUUACUGAUAAAGAAAAUGAUACAAAAGUAACAGAGAAAACUUUCACUGAAAACAUUGACAAACCAACUGUAGAAAGUGUCAGUCUAACUGUUACUGAUAUCAAUGCUGAUGGUCCACUUGUUAUAGGAAAUGUUAAUCACAUGGUUAGUGAUGAAGAUAAUAUCAAUACCACAGAGAAAACAUUUACUGAGAACCCACUUAAUGUAAAUAAUACCCAACAAAUAAUUACUGAUAAAGAAAAAGAUGUAAAUAUCACAGAGAAAUUUUUCACUGAAAAUUUUGACAUACCACCAUGUCUUGAAAGUGCCAGCCUAACUGUUACUGAUGAUAUCAAUGCUUAUAAACCAGUUAGUAUAGAAAAUGUUAAACGGACUGUUAGUGAUGAUGAAAAUAGUAUCAAUAUCACAGAGAAAAAAACAUUUACUGAGAACCCACUUGAUGUAGAAAAUAUCCAACAAACAAUUACUGGUGAUGAAAGUAAUGUCAAUACAACUGAGAAAACAUUUACUGAGAAUUCACUUGAUACAGAAAGUGUGCAACAAACUGUUUCUGAUGUCAAAAAUGGUAUAAAUGUUAUAGAAAAAACAUUUACUGAAAAUACUGAUAAACCACAAAGUCAAGAAUGUGUCAAUCAAACUAUUUCUGAUAACAGUGCCAAUGAAAAUGCUAAUGAAUCACUUUGUUUAGAAAAUGUUAAUAGAAUUGUUAUUGAUGAUGGAGCUAAUAUCAAUACCACAGAGAAAAUAUUUACUGAGAAACCAUGUGAUAUAGAAAGUAGUCAACAAAUUGUUAUUGAGGUAAAAAAUGAUAUAAAUCUCAUAGAGAAAACAUUCACUGAAAAUUCUGACAGACCACAAAGUCCAGAAAGUGUCAGUCGAGCUGUUUCAGAUAUGAGUUCCAAUGAAUGUCUAGAAAAUGUUAACCUAACUACUAUUGAUGAAAAUAGUAUCAAUACCACAGAGAAAACAUUUACUGAGAAUCCACCUGAUGUAGAAAAUUUCCAACGAAAUGAUGAUGAUAAUUCUGUUAAUGUUAAUGAUGAUGAAAAUUCUGACAGACCACUAAGUCCAGAAAGUGUCAGUCGAACUGUUUCAGAUAUGAGUUCCAAUGAAUGUCUAGAAAAUGUUAACCAAACUACUAGUGAUGAAAAUAGUAUCAAUACCACAGAGAAAACAUUUAUUGAGAACCCACGUGAUGUAGAAAAUACCAAACAAACUGAUAAGGCAAAUGAUAGAAGUGUGACAGAGAAAACAUUCACUGAAAAUACAGACAAACCACCAAGUCUAGAAACUGUCGGUCUAACUGUAAGAGAUGAUAUCAGUACUACUGAAAAUGAUGAUGAAAAUAUUAUCAAUACCACAGAGAAAACAUUUACUGAGAAACCACUUGAUGUAGAAAAUAUCCAACAAAAAGAAAAUAAUUUAAAUGUCACUGAUAAAACUUUCACUGAAAAUACUGCCAUACCUUGUCUAGAAAGUAUCAGCCUAACUGUUACUGAUGAUGUCAAUGCUGAUAAAUCACUUGGUAUAGAAAAUGUUAAUCAAACUGUUAGAGAUGAUGAAAAUAGUAUCAAUAUCACAGAGAAAAAAUUUACUGAGAACCCACUUGAUGCAGAAAAUAUCCAACAAGCUAUUACUGAUGAGGAAAAUCAUGUAAAUGUCACUGAGAAAACAUUCACUGAAAAUACUGCCAAACCACCAUGCCUAGAAAGUGUCAGUCUGACUGUUACUGAUAGUAUCAAUGUUGUUGAACCAUAUAGUAAGGAAAAUGUUAAUCAAACUGUUAGUGAUACUGCAAACAAUAUUGAUACCACUGAGAAAAUAUUUUCUGAAAAUACACAGAAACCACUUGAUCAAGAAAGUGUUCUACAAACAGUAACUGAUGAGGAAACUUAUAUGAAAAUCUCAGAGAAAACAUCCACUGAAAAUACUGACACACCAAACAGUUUCGAUAGUGCCAGUCUAACUGUUAGUGAUAUCAUUACCUCUAAAAAUUCUGAUGAACCAGUUUGUUUACAAAAAGUUAGUCGACCUAUUAGUGAUGAAAAUAGUAUCAAUAACGCUAAGAAAAUAUUUUCUGAAAGUUCACAGAAACCACUUGAUACAAAAUGUGUCCAACAAACUAUUACUGGUGAUGACAGUAUUGUCAAUACAACUGAUAAAACAUUUACUGAGAAUUCACUUGAUACAGAAAGUGUGCAACAAACUGUUUCUGAUGUCAAGAAUGAUAUAAAUGUCCUAGAUAAACCUUCUUUCACUGGAAAUGCUCAAAGUCUAGAAAGUAUUGGUCAAAGUGUUUCUGAUAUGAGUGUCAAUGAAAAUGCUGAUGAACCACUUUGUUUAGAAAAUGUUAAUCGAACUAUUAAUGAUGAAAAUAGUGUCAAUAUCUCAGAGAAAACAUUUAAUGAGAACCCAAUUGAUGUAGGAACUAUCCAACAAACUGUUACUGAUGAGAAAUGUAUUGUCAGCAUCCCUGAGAAAACAUUUACUGAGAAUCCACUUGAUACAGAAAGUGUGCAACAAACUGUUUCUGAUGUUAAGAAUUAUAUAAAUGUCAUAAAUAAAACUUCUUUCACUAGUAAUACUGACAAACCACAAAGUCUAGAAAUUGUCGAUCAAAGUGUUUCUGUUAUGAGUGCCAAUGAAAAUGCUGAUGAACCACUUUGUUUAGAAAAUGUUAAUCGAACUAUUGACGAAAAUAGUGUCAAUAUCCCAGAGAAAUCAUUUAAUGAGAACCCAGUAGAAAAUAUCGAACAAACUGUUACUGAUGAGGAAAAAGAUAAAAAUGUCACAAAGAAAACUUCCACUAAAAAUACUGACAAACCAUCAAGUGUAGAAGGUGCCAGUCAAACGGCUAGAGAUUAUAUCAGUGCUCCUGAAAAUGCUGAUGAACCAUUAAGUCUAGAAAGUGUCAGUCUGCCUUUUACUGAUAAUGUUGAUGUUGUUGAACCGCAGAGUAAGGAAAAUGUUGAUCGAACUGUUAGUAAUACUGCAAAUAAUACCAAUACCACUGAGAAAAUAUUUUCUGAAAAUACACACAAACCACUUGAUCAAGAAAGUGUCCUACAUACUCAUACUGGUGUUAAAAAUGAUUUAAAUAUCAUGGAGUGUGAUGAUGUAAAAUCAACUGAUGAAGAAAAGGUAAUAUCAGCUCAGAAUAUUGAUGGAUCAGUCAAAUCUAUUGGUUUUACUGAAUUUACUAAGAAUAAUAUUAGAAAGGACAUGGAUUCAUCAGAGCAAUCUGGUCCUCAAGUCAAUAAUAAGCAUGAAGAUUUUAUUCAAGAAUUCACAAAAUACAUUGAUCGAAAUAAUAGGUUUCAAAUUGUUAAAGUUGUUAAGCGGGAAGAAAGUCCAUCUGAAUUUGUAAUCAAUGAUAAUUUAGCUCCAAACAACAAUCAACCUAGUGUUACAGCUUCUGGUGAUUCUACUGUAAGUAUUGAUCAGGGAAAUAAUACUGAGGAAACAUCACCUAUAAAUUUAAGGCCUGAAGUUAACAGCCAGAAACAAAAACAAUAUCCUUCAUCUCUUUAUUCGGCUAUUGAUAACCCUAAGCUGUCUGUUAGUAAGACUAAUUCAAUUUUAAUUCCUGAUAACAUUGAUGUGACAUUUCAAGAAAAUUCUGAAAUCAACACUGGAAGCAGCAAGAAUGUGGUAGAUGACUGUCAUGAAUCUGAAAUGUCCCAUCGUAAUUCUGAUUUUGCUGUUGGUAAGAAUGAACCAAAAACAUGUUGUAAUUUAUCUGCACAAGCUCCACAAAAUAUAGGUCCUUCUGAAAAUGAAGCUGUCAUUUCUAAUGACACUGAUAUAGUUGAUAAUCAAGUUUCUUUACAAUCUGAAGCUGUAGAUAAUUUUAUUGUUCAACCGCUGUCAGGAUCAACUGAAAUCGAAAACUUUCAUCUUGAUAAUAGUGCUAGUAAAAAGGAUUUACUGUCAAAAACUGAAGAAUCUGCCUCUGAUUACUCUGCUACUGAUUCAUUAGAACAAAUCAUGAACAAUGAAGAGGAGCGUAGAGAAGUAAAAAAAAUAGAUAACCCUAGUGAGCAAGAAAAUGCAAGUACUAGAAACAGAGAAGAUUCCUUAGCUAUUUUACAACACAGGUCUUUGACAUCAGGAUCUGAUAACUUAGGUUUGAAUCCAAACAAUUAUAUUGAGCCAGAUUCGAGCGAUAUUGGCUCCAGUUUUCAACAUCUUGGAACUGUGCAUAUAGAAUCAGAUCUUAACAGUCUCAAUUCAGAAAGAUUGUCAUCAUUUAAUCCAGCUGAUUCAAAUUUAUCUAACAGUAGUGAAGAAAAAGUUCAUAAUUUGCCAGAAGAAAUUCAUGAAACUGAAGUAACUAACUCUCAGGCUAAUAUAACUUCUCCAGAUUGCACUGACCCUAAUUCAGGAACCGUAGAAUAUUUGAAAAAUAGUAAAAAAUCAAAAUCAAAACCAAUAGAUAUCAAUACCCUCGGUCAAACCGAUGAUUCUGCUGAUAAACAGGAAGAAUCAACAUCUAAUGUAAUAGUAGCUAAUUAUUUUCAAUCUAGCAUUUUAGUCAAACCAACCAAAUCAAAAAGUGCACUACUCAUCAUGAAAUCUGAUAUAGAUAAAAUAACUAUCAAUAAUGAGAGAAAUGAUUUAGCAAUUAAUACAAUUCAUUUUGAAAAUGUACCAAAAGUUUACUCUGAAAAUAAGAUGAAAGAAAACGUUGUUUCCUCAUCAGUUGAUCAGAAUAAUGAAACAGAAAGUAAUAAGAUUAAGUUAGACAAGCAAGACGAGAUAAACAAAGUAAACAUAAUUAUUUGUGGAACUCCGUUUAAUGAAGCAAAUAGCAAUAAUUUGGAAAAAAUGGGGCACCAUGAUUCAAUGAGCCAUGAUGCAGACCCCACUGAUGAAAUUGUUAAAACUAAUUGUGUCAAUUCCGUCCUAUCUAAAGCAACUCAAGAUCUUACAAAAAAUUGUAUCAUUAAAAAGGUCAAAAUUGUACUUGAAAAGAUUGAUAUUUCAAAUAGUUCUUUAAACAUCCAAUGUGCAACUAAUAUAGAAAACGAUGAUAUAAGAAAGCGACAAAUGCUGGGACAUAGUAAGAGUGUAAAGAGAACCAGCAAUACAUUGUUUAACAAGGAAGAACCACCUAAUAAAAUAUCUAAGGUACCUAAAUUAGUUGAUAAUGCUCGUUUUGUUAAAAAGGAUCAGGAAAGAAGUAGUUUAAGAAAUAAGAGAAUGAUUCUUAGGAAGAGGAAAACUGAAUUUAAUACUGGUGGAAAUCUUUCCCCAACCUUUGUGUUGUUGUCGAGACUUGACACUUUAAGUAAGAUUUACGACUGUUUACAUGAAAACAAAGUGAAGAGGUUAUUCAUUCCUAGAAAUGUUUACUACUGUUUAAAAAAAGAUACCUGCCAACCAUCUGAUGUUCAAAUUACUUUCACAAAAUCUACUGAAAGAAAUAGGAGGUUCAAAAGAAGAAGAAGAAAGAGCUCCUUAUCUAAGACGGAUGAUGAAUCAGAUACUGAAGAUGAGUCACCUAAGAACCGAUUAGAAAGACCUAGGCGUUCAAAUAAAAGAAUGAAACAGGAAAAGGGUCUUAACAAUAUUCAGAUUCGUUCAAAUUCCAAUGAUCCGUCAUUUCUUAGUGAGAAAAAUGAAAAAUCAACCAAAGUUAUCAGUCAAUCUGAAUCAUUAUCUAUUCAUGGAAGAACUAUUAGCUCUUCUAUGUCUCGUACUCAUCCAAGCAUUAAAAGGCACCAUGAAUCAGAAAUUGACAGUGGGGCUGUACCUAAACGUUCUAAUCUUAAUAACAAGAGCUUUAGCAGUUAUAAUAAAUCUGAGGGUGCAAAUUAUUCAACUAUAAAUAAACCAAUUGAUGCAGACGUUGCUGGUUGUUCUAGUGGCCAUCGCACGGUUUUGAAAGUUGGGGGAACAAUGAAAGAAAUCUUACUUAAUGUUGUUAGGCAAAGGUUGACUCAAGCUGCAGAGCCUCCUGAAGAUGAAGAAGACUCCGAUGAUGAUUUCAUGGGUUUUGAACCUUGCAGCUGUUCAUUGGGAGGGAAUACCAUUAGUCAAAGUUGUAGGGGGAAUUGUUAUAUUAGAAAGAUAGAAUUUAAAAUUGGUUAUUUAAACAGGAUGGUUAAACUUUGUUCAAAACAUUCUACAUCUUUGAGAAACAAAAGGAUUUGUACUUUUCGUCCCUCAAUGCAAGAUUUAAGUGAAGAAGAAGACCACUUCAGAAGCAACAAAAGUAGAAAAUACUGUGAAGAAACGAAUGCCAAGCCAUUUCAAGACCCAGAGAAAUACUAUAUGAUAUCACUUGAGAAUUUAAAACAAAGUAGUAUACAACUACUCUCAUCAAACAAUGUUGAGGUACCAAACAUCAGGCGGACGAGGCAACUUACUCGAACAUUAGAAACUAAACCUUCCUCAGAGACUAAAACAGAUAAGAAUCAUGAAGAGGAUUCAGAUUCAUCUAGUUGAUAAUUUAUAUUUUAUAUUGUAUAUAGCACUGUUUUAACCUGAUGUAAAUGUUUGUAAUGUUUAUGUAUUCACGUAGUUUUUAAUAGUCCACUUUUUGUGGAUAUUUUGUUUUAGUCAUUUGUAGUUUCCUUUUUGUUUUGUUUUUUUUUUCUCAAAUUUUAUCACAAAGAUGUGUAAAUUGAAACAUUUGAUCUCUUAAAACAUUUUAAAAAACAUCAUUUGUAAAUUCCAUUUUUUUUUUCUAAUCAUCAUCUAUUGCUUCAUUUAUGUUAAUAAUGUAUCUCUUAGAAACUUGUAAAUGUUGUAAUAUAUUUUCUUAUCAGACUUAAUGCAAUGUAGGUUACAAUUAAGAAGUCAUUUAGAAAAUGGUAAACACAAAUAAUUAGCCAAAUUAUUUUUAGAUUUUUUUUUUGUAGAUGAAAUCAUAAUUUAUUAACUCAAAAAUUAAAAAUUAAAUCCAUUCAUAUCAAUUCAAAAUAUUUAUCCUUCUAUUUUGACUAAAAAAAUCAAUCUUAAAGUUUUCAAGUUUUCUAUGUAAACAGAUAACAGAUGUACAAUUCAUUGUUAGUAAGAUGAGUCCGUCAUUGAUCUGUGUUUGUUACACUUCACUCCUUAUCAACAUAUCAAUUUAAAAUGAAGAAACGAAUACCUUGUGGAACAUUUAUUGAAUGGCUGCAGUGACCGCAAUUCUGGAAAAAAGUGGAAGUGGGUAUGAGCUAUACAACCCUCGAAUGAUCAAUCAUCUGUCAUUUUAUUUGUUGCUUCAAGUACACUCUGUUAAUCAGUAUUCAUAUUACUUUAAGAAUCGAUUUUUUAAAAUUCACAAUAGAAGGAUAUAUAUUUUAUUUAUUUUGUUCUUGAGCAAAAGCAAAAUUUUUAUAUUCUAAUGAAAGAUGAAAUUUAAUUUUUUUUUUGUUAUUGUUAUUGUUAUGUAUAUAUAAUCUAAUGUAACCAUUAAGGGAUACAUUAGUCCAAAGUCUAAUAUAUUCUUAUUCUUUUAUCUCAUCUGUGAUUGUUAGUUUUAUAGUUUAGAUAUAUCUCCAGAAUUAUAUAUAUAUAUUUUUAUUUGCUAUAAUUUUCAGUUACAUACCUGCAAAAAAAGAAAAAUAUAGUGUGAACUAUGUUGUACAUAGUAUAAAUAUAUUUAUGUAUAAAGGUACAACUCAUGUAUUAGCUUUGUAAAUAUUAUUUUGAAGAACUAAUAGAAAAUUUAGUAAAAAUAUUUUGUCAGAUUGUUUUAUUUUAUUUUAUUUUCAAAUCAAUAUGUGUAUGGGAAUGUGUUAAAGAUAACUGUAAAUCUUUAAUAGUUGAACUGUUUAUUUUAUAAUCAUGAUUUUAUGAUUAUUAAAAAUAAGCUUCCAGAGAAAAAAAAAAAAAAAAGAACGAUUUUGUCAUCAGUACCAUUUAAAUGGUCGGAAAUCACAGUUGCUUGCGUUCUUUGAUAAACUUAUCAAACUUUUUAUUUUUGUAACCCAUUCCAUGUUGUAAGAAUAGCAAAAAAAAAAAAAAAAUUGAAUUUACAACAUUUCUUGAUCGAUUGAGUAGCGAAAAAAAUCCUGAAAGUACAUGUAUUUGUCCUUACUAAACAUAGUGAAAUAAAAAUAAAUUUUAUUUAGGGAUGUAUUUUCUCCUAAAAAUAACCUGAUUAAUUAUAACUAUAUGUACAUCUAACUGGUUGUAUUGUAAAAGGAUAUGGAUUCAGAAAAAUAACCACCAUGUAAUUUAUUUUUAUUUGUUCGGGGUGUCCAUGGGGAUUUCCCAAAAAUCUGAAGUGGUAUGGGAAUUUUUUUUCAUGUGCAAGAAAAAAAAAGAUGUAUAAGAAUUUUUCAAUAAUUCCUAAAAAAAAGUUAUACUUUUUUUGCUGUGUUCCUUUUGUUAAUCAUUAUAUAAAUAGCCAAAGACAAAACAGUUCAGCACUUUUUUCUCCUCUGUUUCUCUACAGAUUUUCUUUUAUUAAUUUUGUUUUGUAGCUAUUGAUGAGCUUUAGUUUUAUUAAUACAUUUUUUUCUUUUGGAAAAAGUGUAAAUAAAUAAAAACGUAAAUAUUAGUUUAUUCAAAAGUGUUACUCUUUGAAUGUUCUUCACCGAAUGCUUUGAAAUUUUGAUACAUUGCAAUCAUAUUCUAUAGCGCCAAAAUGGCUGUAACGAUAUUAAUGUAACUUAGCUAAAAUCUUCUUUUUAAAGCUCUAAUAGUUUAUUUAUAUAACAUAAUUCCCCAAAAAGAGGCUCUAUAAAAAGUAAAGUUAAAUUCAGAAUUUUAUUCGGGAAUAACAAAAAAAGUAAACAAAUGGUACUAAACUGUUUUGUAUUGUUAGUACAUAUAAAAGUGUAUGUACAGAAGUAUAAGAUUAGAAAAAUUGCUAUGAAUACAAUAAUGAUAAAAGGAUACCAUAGAUAUUUUAAAUCAAUAUGAGAAUAAUUAAAAAAAAAAAAAAAGAUUUAGUUUAAUUCAUCAAUUCCUGUAAGAAAAACAACUAAAAUCCUCCUGUUCUCUAAAUGCUUAUAAUUAAGAAACUGAUAUAAUCAAUUGGUAUUACGAUCAAUGAAAAUAAAAGAUAUUAAAUUUAGACGAAUAAUGAGAACAUUCAUUAUGUUUUCAUACAAAAUCGCUGUCACUGAUGUAACCAAAUUUUGGAUAAAUAUGAAACCUUAGCCCUAAAUAAAUGCCCUGAAACUACUUAACUUGCAGUUAUCAUCCAUAAUAUUAAUUGAAUGAUGUUAAGUAAAAUAAUUGUAACAUUUGUUUGGAUAUGGAGCAUGUUUUGGAAUAGAAAAUGUAUGGUCUCCAGCCAGCUCUUUUAUCCAUUAAAAUUAAACAUGGACUGGUAGCUGGCACCUUAAACAGAUAUUAUUAAACUAUUUUCCUUCAUUAAAUGAACAAUGUAAGAAAAGGCGGUAAUAUUUGUUAUGAUGUUUUUCUCCAAAUUUUGGAGACAAAACUAUUUUCCUACUUUACAAUCUUAAGUAUUUAAGAUAACUAAAAAAAGGUGUUUAUAAUUCGAAAUACCAUCUUAUAGCAGUAAAAUUCCCCAGGGUUUAAAAUUAAUCGAUACAGAUUGAUUCAUAUCAAAGCAUGAAGAACUUCCCAUUCACUAAUGCCACCAUUCCAUUCCUUAGAAAAAAGAAAAUAAAUUAAUAUUAUUAUUUAUUUUUUUCAACCUGAGAAAAAGGAAUGUAAAGCCGAGGACAUCAAAUGGUCAAAUAA